AUGGGCGCGCUGGCCCGGGCGCUGCUGCUGCCGCUGGUGGCCCAGUGGCUCCUGCACGCCGCCCCGGCCCUGGCGCCGGCACCCUUCACACUACCCCUCCGGGUGGCCACGGCCACUAGCCCCGGCGCUGCGCCCACUCCCGGGCCCGGGCCCCCCGCCCAACCCCGCGCCGACGGCCUGGCGUUCGCCCUGGAGCCCGCCGGGGGUGCGGCCAACUUCUUGGCCAUGGUGGACAACCUGCAGGGGGACUCUGGCCGAGGCUACUACCUGGAGGUGCUGAUCGGGACCCCCCCGCAGAAGCUGCAGAUUCUCGUUGACACCGGGAGCAGCAACUUCGCCGUGGCUGGUGCACCGCAUGCUUACAUAGACUCGUACUUUGACACGGAGAGGUCCAGCACAUACCGCCCCAAGGGCUUCGAUGUCACCGUGAAGUAUACACAAGGGAGCUGGACCGGCUCGGUGGGGGAGGACCUCGUCACCAUCCCGAAAGGCUUCAACAGCUCUUUCCUUGUCAACAUCGCCACCAUCUUCGAGUCAGAGAAUUUCUUUUUGCCUGGGAUUAAAUGGAACGGAAUCCUUGGACUUGCUUACGCUGCCCUGGCCAAGCCAUCAAGCUCUCUGGAGACGUUCUUUGAUUCCCUCGUCACACAAGCAAAAAUCCCCAACGUUUUCUCCAUGCAGAUGUGCGGGGCAGGAGGGCCCGUAGCCGAAUCCGGUACCAACGGAGGUAGUCUUGUCCUGGGUGGAAUCGAACCAAGUUUGUACAAAGGAGACAUCUGGUAUACCCCGAUUAAGGAGGAGUGGUAUUAUCAGAUAGAAAUUCUGAAAUUGGAAAUCGGAGGCCAGAGCCUUAAUCUGGACUGCAGAGAGUAUAACGCGGACAAGGCCAUCGUGGAUAGUGGCACCACGCUGCUGCGCCUGCCCCAGAAGGUGUUCGAUGCAGUGGUCGAAGCCGUGGCCCGCACGUCUCUGAUUCCAAAAUUCUCUGAUGGUUUCUGGACGGGAUCCCAACUGGCAUGCUGGGCGAAUUCCGACACACCUUGGUCUUACUUUCCUAAAAUCUCCAUCUACCUGAGAGCCGAGAACUCCAGCAGGUCCUUCCGCAUCGCCAUCCUGCCUCAGCUUUACAUUCAGCCCAUGAUGGGGGCCGGCCUGAACUACGAAUGCUACCGAUUCGGCAUUUCGCCUUCCACCAACGCGCUGGUGAUCGGUGCGACCGUGAUGGAAGGCUUCUACGUGGUCUUCGACCGAGCUCGGAAGAGGGUGGGCUUUGCGGCAAGCCCCUGUGCAGAAAUCGCGGGUAUGCCGGUGUCUGAAAUUUCUGGGCCUUUCUCAACAGACGACAUAGCCAGCAACUGUGUCCCCGCCCUGCCUCUGAACGAGCCCAUUUUGUGGAUCGUCUCCUACACUCUCAUGAGUGUGUGUGGGAUCAUCCUCCUUGUCUUAAUCAUCCUGCUGCUCGUCCCGAUCCGGUGUCAGCCGGGCGCCCGGGACCCCGAGGUGGUCAACGAUGAGUCCUCUCUUGUCCGGCAUCGCUGGAAAUGAAGAACGAAGCCUGAACUUGGGCUGCCUUGAACUCGGCUACGAAGAGAAUUAAAUUCCAAGCGCAGCAGGCAAGGGGUCGCAAGGCCAGGUUUCUUCCUCUGUCCGUUAGUCUUAACUCUCUGUUCUGCUCCCAGAUGCCUUCCAGAUUCACUGUAUUUUGAUUCUUGAUUUCUUAACUUCCUUCUUCCGAGAAAAAUGAUA